ACCAGCAGCACACUUAACCAUUUUUCUACACAAGCAGGAACCACAUGAUGCUGAAAUUGAAAAUGCAGUGAGAGGUCUUCUCAGCUGCAUCCGGAACUUAAAAAAAUCCAAUGAGAGGCCUAGCAGUUCUGUGGACCUAAGGCCCAUGGAAUCUCAGGCUGGAACUAGCAGUUCCAUCGAGGUUAACAACCCUGUUCAUCGGGAAAGGCAAAGAUCUUUUCCAGCAAUAUAUGCUGUAAGCCGGGCACGCCAUAAAAGAAAGGCACCUGAACCUCUAAGAUCAACAUGUUCUAAAGUAAUAGAACUCCAGUUCUGCCUGCAGCCCGAAAACUCAGAUAGGACACCAAAAGACGAAACCAUGCUCUUGCAAGCGGGCUUAGGAAGGAGAACUGUACAUCUUAAUGACGAUGCUGAUCACACUGAGAUAACCAGAGUUCUGUUUGAGGAAUACCCUAAAUUAAGACAUUUGCAUGGCGGUUGGCUUCUCCAAAAAGCUGCAGGAGGCAGUGGACAAAGGAAGACUACUCCACUGGCCCAUGGUUCCCAGGGCUACACAGCAAAAAUAUUGAAGUCCUCCUCAAACAAUGGAAAGAAUAUCAUCUAUAUUGUCCCCCUUCAAGAAAAGAUCGACACAACCCCCUUGCCAUAUGAUUCACCGGAGUUUCAGAAUAUGCCAAAAAAUGACUGCAUUACCUGUGGCACAUCAGUUCCUCUUCAGUUGCUGCCUUUCCACAUUGAAUCCUGUCAGUGUCAUGAUAAUAAUUCUGAACUUGUGGCAGAAGAGGAGAAAGACCAGGAACCAGAUGUUAUUUGUGUGGAUUCUUGCCCAAUAUGUGGAGAGCAAUUUGCUGCUGAGGCGAUGGCCCUCCAUGCAAGUGCAUGUGGGGAAAGUUUUCCUCUGAAUUCCAUAAUGGCGGCUGCGUCUGAAAACCGCACUUCAGCACCAGAGGUUUCCACAAGCAGUGUCACUGAAAGCAGCCUUGCUAGCCCAUCCAAUUAUGGCCUGGAAGAGGGUUGAAGUUCCAGAUAGGGCAGCUAUACUAUACAGAAGGUAUUUGCUUCAGGAAAAAGAGGAUGAACCAACACUGAAAGUAAGACUUGACAUGAGAGAGGACGUUGAAG